ACUCUUGUUUGCUCCUUGACAACCCUGGCGGGGGUGCGCUGGCUACGGCCCCGGCUUCGGCCCCCGCGGGAGCAGCACCCCUUGGGGAAAGACAUUUCUGCUCCCACCAAGUUGGCAGGGGCUGCUUCCUGAGUCUCCUGGGCAUCUUAACUGCCAGUCCUAGCACCUCCUGAAAACCCACUCUCUCCUUCAGAGGCCACAGUGGAGGGAUCAUGGGAGAGACAGAAGGGAAGAAAGAUGAGGCUGAUUACAAACGCCUGCAGACCUUCCCUCUGGUCAGGCACUCGGACAUGCCAGAGGAGAUGCGAGUGGAAACCAUGGAGCUAUGUGUCACAGCCUGUGAGAAAUUCUCCAACAACAAUGAGAGUGCUGCCAAGAUGAUCAAAGAGACGAUGGACAAGAAAUUUGGCUCCUCCUGGCAUGUGGUGAUUGGUGAAGGCUUUGGGUUUGAGAUCACUCAUGAGGUGAAGAACCUCCUCUACCUGUACUUCGGGGGGACCCUGGCUGUGUGUGUCUGGAAAUGCUCCUGACACUCUCUCCCUGUGGAGCCUUUUCCUGCCUCUCCUCUGGGACGGGGAGCAGCUCCAGGCAGGUCCUGGCUCUUCUAAGGAAAGUUUGGGGUCUUUUCUUUUGUCCUGUGUGCCAGUUUCCUGAGCCAUGCCCUGUGUGUGAAUUUGUUGACAUCUCUUCUCCAUCUCUCUCCAAGUCCCCAGCUGUGGACAGGCGGGCAGCUCCCUGUAGGGGAGGGGUGGGGAGGUGUGACAGGGUGAAGGAGGUGGGGAGAUGGGAUUUUUCUCAUAAGGAAAAGUCCCACCUUUCUCCAUGGCUGCUGUCCCCUUACAUCCUAGGAGCCCCACUCCCAUCCGUCCCUAGCAUUGCUGUCCUUGUCAUUAGUGGCCAUAUGGAAGUGGCCCCAAAAGGAGCCUCUCCUCUCAAAGCACAUGGGCAGCUUUCUUCCUUGUCCUCUGGGGAAGUGUAACCCCAGGCUGAACAAACCAUGGCAUCUCAUAGGACCAGCAGCUCCACAGCCCCGGCUCUGGCACGAGGACUAAGAAGUCUUCUUGUCCUCUCCUCCCCUCAGCCCCACUGCAUGAAUCUUUCCCACUGCCUUGGGCAGCCCAACCGAGCAGUGAGAGCCAGGCUUGGAGGUGCAGAGAGCAGGUUCUGAGGUGUCACUGAACCCUGCCCGGUGAGACGCCUGGGCCAGGAGCGCUCUCACCGUGAGUCCCUUCAGCAGGGAACCUGGCCUGCCAGUGGCCUAUCAUCAGGGACUGCAUGCUAAUUUGUACUUCUAUCUCUGCUGGCUUUUCUAUAUUCUUUUUGAGU